AUUUAAUUUUCACUGUAAUUUGAAUGUUUUUCUGAAAAUUUAUCAUUUUCUGACAACAUAGGAUAUGUGGAACAGUGUGAUAUAUUUCACUUUCAUUUCUACCGUUUCACUCGUAGUACCUGCAUCAGGUCAAUGCAAUAACUACAUCCUACAAUCAAAUCAAUAUAAGAGGUCCGCUGGAUACCAGCUUACUUCCUCAGACACGGCGAUAUCGGACAACUUUCUGACCGAGGGAUGGUACCGCUUCCAGAGUGGAGCGGGAAAUGAUAUGGUUAGAAGUCCUCCCGCAUUAAGUAAAUGUGGUACUAUUUUUCCAGUGUGGCUCAAUGGGAAUUUGCCCAGCCAAGCAGAUGGUGUUGUUAGCAGGAAUGCAUGUGUUGUUGGUGUUGGGAGCACCUGCGAGUCAAACAUACCCAUUCAAAUAGCAAACUGUGGGACCUUUAAUGUGUAUUAUUUGAGGAAGACAUCCGCUACAGCUACCGGUUACUGUUUCGGAGAGGAAGUCAAAUGUCCGGACGGACAAGGAUCAGAGAAUGGUUUCACACCAGGCUGCCAGACACUUCCGUCCAUACCUGUCUCCCCAACUGUAAUCGCAGAUUUAGCGACAGGUCCUGCAAUUCUUCCAGAUCCGUUUGGUCCAUCUGUCUUGAGUUUUUUUGAGUGCUACUUUGAUAGUCCAUCCAUCAGUCCUUGUUACUUCGACAUAGCUUGGUACAUAAAUGGCGAUACCGUUAGAGGAUUGAAAAAUGUGGAAUACGGAAAUCUUUCUACGACUAGAUUACUACCAGAACACUGGAAUGAUCAGUAUCAUUUAAACAUGGUGGUGAAAUGUUCAGUCAGAGGAAGAGCGACGUCAUGGGGAACUCCAACAAACAAAGUAUUUAGCGCCGAUUACCAGGCUGGCUUAUUUCCCGAGUCUUAUGUGUAUCAUAUCAAUGAAGGUCAGACAAUAUCCAUACCAUUCAGAGUAACGUAUCCUGUAGGCUGUAUAUCUACCACGCAUGAAAAUAAAUCGUGCAUCACAAUUGUCUACUUGGUCACUCCCAAAUACCAGCCGACACCGGAAACAUGCGAAAAUGUUCAAACAACAGACCCUAUCCUUUUUGAUCAGAACCGAUGCGGAAUUGCCAUCGCCAGUGCGACAUGGAAUGAGUCGAAAUCACUAACAGUGUCGGGGAAUGUCGAUAACCUUAUCAAUGCGGCAGACAGGGACAUCUUCAUAAGACUGGGAAUCUUAGGAGAGAGUGGAGAUUUCUCUAAAGCAUGGCACAACACGACAGUUCCUGACAUAAAGAUAUACAUUGCCGAUGUAGAUGGUACUAUAUCAAACAGAGUAUGUAAACUCCAAACAGAUCCCAGACUUUGGACGUUUGAUAACUAUAAACAUGAUAUCAAUAUGGCUGGAGAAUACGUAUUGUAUCUUAAUAAGAAGAGGGAUAUUUCGAUCCACGCCUUAUUCACCUCAUGCAGCGCGGGUGGAGCUGCUUGUAGUUGUGGAAUCGCUGUCAGAGUGGAAGAUUCUCUCUACGUAUAUCGUACGUGUGAUGUUGUAUCCUACCAAUAUGUCAGCCAUCUAGCUCAUCACUCAACGAUAUACGAAGUCUGUGAUGAUAAACACAUGGUCAUUACGGAAGAAUCCGAUUACACGCAUAUAGCAUUACCGACUGGGACGAAGGUGAAAUUCAAAGUACAUAGUAAUUGGAUUCAGCAUUUGCAUAUCAUUCCCUCUGUUUUCGAUAUUGGUAAUAUGGAAGGAAUAUGUGGAAACGCAAAUGGAAAUCCAAGCGAUGAUUUUGUGUCUCCUGAUGGAAGUACACCAACACAGUUAGAAAGUGAUGAAAUAGACCAAAUCAUCAGUACAUGGAGAAUCGUUCAAACAUCAUCGAAUAGCCUGUUUUCUGCCAAUCCUGCUCUUGUGAAUAAUGAACUUAAUUUGCAGAAGUAUUGCUCUUGUGCAUCUGAGGCCGAGGGACCAAAUUAUUUAAAAAAUAUAUCUUAUCAUAACACUGCUAAUUGUAAUAUCACCACAACGGUCGUUGAUUGCUCUCAACAACAGACUACUUCAUCGUAUCUCACCACAUGUAACAGAAUAGACAACAGUGGUAGAAAAAGACGGGAUCUAUCUGAGGAAGGAUACGGUGAGCGCACCAAACGUGUUCGCAGGAGUACCACUGAUUCUGAUGAUGUCAUUGACUUUGAACCGCUGACGUAUGACUCUUCGUUCGACCCAACGUACAUUCCUCCGGUUCCAACAUGGAGGAAUGGCUGGACUGAAUCUACUGCGAGAGCAGAGUGUGAGACGAGCAUCAACAACGAUCCAGUGAAACUGGAGUGUGAGAAAUACAUACAAAUUGAGGAAUUGGUCAAUAAUUCUAUAUCUGCUUGCAUUUUAGAUAUAAGGGAUUCUGCGACUACAGAGUGGAUUGCGGGAACGGUAGAUGCACUGAAAAGUUACUGCUUAACAAUGAUCGCAAAAUACGAAAAGUUCCACAUCACAAACAACACGAAUGAAAUGUCUGUUCUUCAAAUAUUCAAUUCAGUGACUUGUGUCAAUAACUGCAGCAAUCAUGGUUCAUGUACAGAUAAAGGAAAAUGUGCAUGUGACACUGGUUUUAUUGGAAUUGAUUGUUCUCGACCUAAAAGCAGUCCUCCAGAAAAUGCAUUUCUUCCUGAAGAAGGAUUGUGUCAAAAGUCAAAACGACAAUGUGCUAAAACUAACAUUAUUGGGGAUUUCCUUUCGGAUGCAACUGUAUACGUUCAAAUUAAGGAAUACGUGAUAUCAAACUCGAAGGGGCAAGUAAGGAAAACAUUGAAUACUACCGCCCAAUUCAGAGCACCGAAUCUGAUUACUGUGGUAAUUCCAUCUUCAACAAGGAAAAAACGUUCCACAACAGAACAAUACGGAACUGGAUAUGACAUCAGUUUAUCUUACGAUGGCAGCAACUUUGGAGAUCAAUUAUCGCUCAUUGUAUAUGAUGACGCGUGCUAUAACUGCAACGCAACAACAAUCGGUUGUACAAUACUGGAUUCAUGCAUCAACAAUACGACGAAGACUACCGACUCUGAUGCAACAACAACGACAGCGGGAACAACAACGACAGCAACAACAUCAGCAGCAACAUCAACGACAGCAGCAACAUCAACAUCAACAACAUCAGCAGCAACAUCAACAACGUUAUUAUCGUCAACCCAGAGUUCAACUAGAAAAGCGGAUUUACUUCCAGUGAGCUCAACAAGCACCCCCAGUUCUACAUCGUCAUUGUUGCUGUCAUCAUCAUCAUCAGUUCCAAGACAUCACGAAGAAGAAACAAAUGAAGACAAAAGCAUUAUAAUUACUGCAUCUGUCUGUUCAGUGGUGGUGAUAUUGAUAUUGGGCAUCGGCUUAUUCCUAAAAUUCAAAAACAAAAAUUCGAAAAGAAGCGCUCCUAUGCUGUACAGCGGAGAAUCUCUGAUAAAUGGACAGCCGCCAUUACAGACUUGUGGGACCUUUUAUGACAAACCAUUUUCACCCCCUCCCCCCUACCAAGAACCAUUCAAAACAAAUCGGCCCCACAGCUCAUCCAGUAUUAGAGCCACCUUUGACGAUUAUAAUUCAAAGCCAAAUUUCGACUUCAAUGUUUUCAGUGUCGAAGCACAGAAACCUGGUUUUAAAACUAUUUUGGAGUGAAUAAGUGAAACUUUAAUUUCAAAUUGAUUUAUUUUCUUGUUUAGAAUUAAUGUAAUUGUUUAUAUUGCAGAAUACUGAAAUGCAAUAAUUUUAUUUCAGUUAAAUUGAAUGCUAACUUUGUGUACAUGUAAACGGGUCUUGAACAUUUAUUUAUAUUCCCAAUAUGAUUAGUCUUUAUUUUCAAAAUGCAGGUUAAUAAUCUGAGUAAAGUCUCCGCAGGGAGCCCCUCAUAAUCUUCGUCCAGGUUUCCAGAUAGACUUCUUUAAUUUUCUUGAUACUGUAUAUCAUGUAAAUGCAUAUCUAGGAAAAGCAGAAAAGGAUCCAAAGUAGGGACAGUUUCUACAGUCAUCUGGCCCAGAAGUUCAAAAUUCUGGCAUUCAAAUAAGGAAUAUAUAAGCAAAUUCAAACUACGUUUAAUUUGAUCCAAAAUUGCUUUGUGUUGUAUGACAGGAGCGUGAAGUUGGCAUAAAAUUGCCAAAAAUGCAAAAAUCAAUGAAAAUUUUCAUAAAUUCAGAGUGUUUUCCUUUCAGAAAACAUACAGCCCACGCGUCGAGCAAAAUAUUCCAACACAUUUUUCCUCUUCUCUUAAUACACAAUAUAUAUUAAUUUCAUUUUGCUCGACGGAUGGGCACACCUUUUCCUAAGCAAUAAUCCGGAUGAAAGUUAACAGUUAUCAAGCUCUUUUUGAAAAAAGGCGGGAACAACUUUUAUUCAUGACGUAAUAAUGCUAUACUUAUAGGUUAUAGACUUUGUAUGGGAAAAUAUGACGACCGAGUUUUUUGGCGCGUAGACGGACCGAGCUUGCGAGGUCCGUCCGAGACAAAAUCAUUCUAAAUUUUAUAGCCCUUGGGGCUAGUGAUACUUUUAAGUAAUACUCAGGUGACCGAUAAGACAUCUAUAAUUUUUUUCAUACAAUUUUGUGCACGUGCUUUUUCGGAAACGCGAACACCAAUUUUCGGGAAUACUACAUAUAUCUUAACGUAAAUUCGCUGGGUUUUGUCUCUAUUACAUCACUUAUCAUACAAGUUAUUGGCAUAUUUUUUAUUUAGAGGAUUAUAUUUCCGCACUAAUUUCUGGAAUAUCAAGUUAAAGUUUUCCGAUAUUGUAAAUGAGAGUUUUAAGAUGUUACAUUUAAUUUUGAGUUGGAGUUCAACGAGGUGCAUGUUUAGAAGUGCCUUGUCACUCAUUUGAUUUUAGAAACUAAUAUCUCAAAAGUGACUUUUUAUAUUGUCUUGAAUCUCAGAAACUACACAUGAGAUUAAGAAUAAACCUAUUUAGGAUGAUCUUACAUGUUAUUGAAUUUGUAGAUGUGCGAAAGAAAUGUCAUUUUGUCUCCAGUGUACCGUGUAAUAGCUUGUUUUUAUGAGAUUACAGAAUCAUGUGUGAAGAUAACACGGAUUUCAAACAUUUUAAUUUUACUGUUUGAACGGGAUCCGGCAGGGAAUACCCUCUCAUCUUUGUUAUUGUUUUUCUUCAGUAAUGAGACCGCCGCGGUGGUCUAGGUUAGGGCGUUCGCCCCGCAUGUAGAAUACCGGGGUUCGAAUAUCGGUCGCGACAGACCUUAGUCGUUAAAACAGGUAGUGACAGUUCCAUCGCCAAACGAUCAGCAUCAGCUGUGAAUGUCACGGGUCUUUAAAACGGAUGUCCCAUUACACAGUAGGUGUGGCACGCUAGAGAACCCUCACUGCUCAAUGGCCGUAAGCGCCGAGCAAAGGCCUAAAUUUGAAGCCCCUUCACCGGUCUUGGUGACGUCUCCAUAUCUGUGCUAGUGUGGAUAUUGAGGACGAAAAACACUUUUUUACUCUGUGUUGUAUAUGAAAAUCUCAGACGCAAAUGCUUAUCGAUAUUCGAUUUUGAAUCCAUAGAUAACUGUUAUGUACAUCGGACAUUCAGGGAACUUGUUGAUAAUUACCCAACUAAAACGGCGAAAUUGUGAAUUCCACAUUCUUGUAAUUCUCUCUUGUUUUCAAUGCGCAUGAUUUGAAAUUGAAAAUAUCAUAUAAACAAAGUUACUUGUUAUAUUGUCAAAGGAUUUUAGUAUUCUGUUUUCUUCAUUAUAUACUAUGAUAUGAAACUAUUUUAAUAGGCAGUUUUCCAUAAUGACUUGCUGUGAUUUUUGUUUAAAAACAUUUUUUAAUCAAAGAAUAUUCAUCGUUGAUAUUUUCCUUUCAUAUGCAUGUAUCAUUUUGUUAUUCAUAGAUUUAGUCCUGAUUGCUUCAAAUUCACUGAUAUUGUGGAACAUACACUGCAUGAAAAAACGGCUUUACAAAGCAAGUAAAUGCAAUGUAAAUUUAGUAUUUACAUUGCCUUUGAAUAACUUUACUGAUUUAAGGCAAAGUUGGUAAACAUUAACUUUAAUUUGACUUAAAGGUAAUGUAAUGUCCCACAUUGUCUUAACUUUACUUCAAUGUAAAUAUGAAAUUUCAGGGACUUUAAGGUUCAUUAAACUUAGUAUUUAAUCAAGUAAAGCAGAUAUAUGAUGUCCUGAAAUUUCACCUUUACUUGUCAUAAAGUUAACUUCUGCUGACUUUACUGGACAGUAAAGUUCAUCAUUACACAUCUUUAAUAUUCCUAACUGGCUUUACUUGGAAGUAAAUUUCAUCUUUAAUUAUUCUUAAUUGACAUUACUUGAAAGUAAAUUUGAUCAUUACUUAAAAGUAAAUUUGAUCAUUUGUCAUCUUUCAUUCAACUUAUCAAAUUCAGAUUAAUCAA